GCGGCUACGGAGACGACGGGAAUUGCAGGUGCGACCAUGGCUGGCGGUAAGAUUCAGAAGAAACGCCAUCAACAAGCGGCGCCGCCGCAGCAGCAGAGGUGGGGUGGGGGCGUCCCCUUCGAGAAGUCCAAGGGGCAGCAUAUCCUCAAAAACCCCAUGCUAGUCGAUACCAUCGUCCAUAAGUCCGGCAUCAAGCCCACCGAUGUCGUUCUCGAGAUCGGACCCGGUACGGGUAACCUCACCAAGAAGCUUCUCGAGGUCGCCAAGUCGGUCGUCGCCGUGGAGCUCGACCCUCGCAUGGUCCUCGAGCUUAACCGCCGGUUCCAGGGCACCCCGCACUCUAACAGCCUGAAGGUAAUUCAAGGAGAUGUGUUGAAGUGUGAGCUUCCAUACUUUGAUAUCUGUGUUGCAAACAUCCCUUAUCAGAUCUCAUCACCUCUGACCUUUAAGCUAUUAGCACAUCGUCCAGCCUUCAGAUGUGCUGUUAUCAUGUUUCAGCGUGAAUUUGCGAUGAGAUUAGUUGCAAAUCCUGGCGACAAUCUAUACUGUCGGCUUUCUGUGAACACUCAGCUGCUGGCACGGAUUUCCCAUCUCCUGAAAGUUGGACGAAAUAAUUUUAGGCCCCCACCCAAAGUUGAUUCCUCUGUUGUGCGAAUAGAGCCUAGGCGACCACUUCCACCAGUAAGUUUCAAGGAGUGGGAUGGAAUGGUGCGCCUUUGUUUUAACCGUAAAAACAAGACCUUGGGAUCAAUCUUCAAACAAAAAAGUGUGAUUUCAUUACUGGAAAAGAAUUACAGGACUUUGCAAGCCUUGCAACUAAAUAAUAAAAGUCAACUGGAGGAGGAUAAAGUGUCCUUAGAAGAUGUUGCAGUUUUAGCAGACAUGGUUGAGGACCUAAGCAUGGGCAAUAGUGAUGAGAAGGAUGAUCAAGAGAUGGAAGUAGAAGACAUGGAUAUGGUCGGGGAGGAUGGCAACGAUGCCAGUUUUAAGGCCAUAGUGUUGGGGAUUCUGAAGCAGGGAGAUUUUGCAGAAAAGAGGGCAGCUAAGUUAACACAGGUAGACUUCCUGUAUUUACUCUCGCUCUUCAACAAGGCAGGAAUUCAUUUCUCUUGACCCACCACAAGUACAAUUGUUCAUGCAGUGAUUUUCUUCUUUCUAGAAAAUUUUUGUACUAGUCGAGUGCUUUCAAAGUGUUUAUCUUUUCUGGGAGCUUAUUCCCUCUUUUUUCUUUUGAACUAGAAUAUUUUUGUAAUCUAAGAAUGAGUGCUUUGUGCGAGUUUGUAGUAAGUUUUGAUCCAAUUCAUGAUUCCAAGGACCUCAAAAUUGAUCCAAUUCUGUUUCUCUAUCAA